AUGUCGUCUACACCGACUCAGUCUGGCUACACAGUUCUGACCACCUGCUCACCGCAGAACUUCUCGUACGUGAAGGAACUGGGCGCAGACGUAGUUUUCGACUCCCACGAGGAGGGCGUUGGCAAAAAAAUCCGCGAAUAUACCAACGACAACCUCCAUCUCGUUUACGACACUAUUUCAAUUCCCGAAACAGCUGCAGUAUGCGCUGACGCCCUCGCCUCCAAGCCGGGUGGCAAGUACAUGGCUACGCAAUUCCCCCAGAUGGAGCGAAAGGAUGUUGAGUCCAGCGCCGCGGUAGUGUACACUAUGACCAACGAAGAAUUCAGGGUGGGCGAGUUCUCCUUUCCUCCUAAACCGGGGGAUAUCGAGUACGGGAUCCGUUUUGGAGACAUUGCAGAGAAGCUGAUUGCAGAGGGGAAGAUUAAGGCACAUCGAGUGCUGACGAACGAGGACGGCGGAUUUGCGGCUAUAAACAUAUGCAACGCCCGCAUUUUCCGAUACAAAUUGACAUAA